AUUGUAAGAAGUUGAAGAAGUUUGUAUGCGAGAAGAAUAACUUAGAAAAAAACUUCACAAUUUGUAGUCUGUGAUUCCAAGUGUAAUCUAUUCUCCACUGGAACUAAAGCUGCCACUUUCACAGCCACGUCGAGCCUCGCCACUCGCCGAUGGCCGGAAACUGCUUGCCGCCGGUCAAUAUCACCGGAAGUGGCCGGCCGGUGCUCGAACCGAACGAAAUCGAGUGCUUCUUCCUCUCCGGUGUUGAUCUUCUCUGCGAAGACGACCCCAGCACUUCCUUCCCCCACCUCAAAUCCGGCCUUCUAAUCCUCACCACCUACCGCCUCCUCUGGCUCCCGGAUUCCGCAGCCUCAGGCGGUGGAGCAGCCGGCGCAGUCCCCCUCGCCGCCAUCUCCCACAUUUUCUCCGUCAAGAAGUCCCUCCGUUCAGUGUUCUCCUCGCCGCGGGUCCGGUUCCAAGUGUCACUUUCGCCGGAGGGGCGUGUCGAGGCGGUGGGAUCGCGAUCGGUGGUGGUGACUGUGGUGGUGAGGGGGAAGGGGGACUGCGACGCGUUUCUGGCCAAGUUUUGGGAAAAUUGGCGCGCCAGAGCGUGGGAGGAGGCAGGUAGUGGGUCUAGUAAUGCGGCGGCGGCGACGGCGACGGCGGAAACGGCUACGACAUCGUCAUCAGGAGGAAUUUAUUCGAGUGACGGGACGGUGAGGAUGGUAGGAGUGUCCGGAAUACUGAGAAAGGAGCAGGAAAUGUGGGAGAGUACUGAUAGAAGCUUGCAGGAGGCUUUUCAGGAUUUGAAUGCUCUCAUGAGUAAGGCUAAAGAGAUGGUGAUGCUAGCUGAGAAAAUGAGGCUAAAACUUUUGUCCGGCUCAAAUUCUCAAGCCAAUGCAACUAACGAUGAAGAGAUGGGUUCAAAGGAAGAGAUGCAAGAUUGGUUAUUGAGUGUUGGUAUUAUAUCCCCAGUUACCAAAGAGUCUGCAGGUGCUUUGUAUCAUCAACAACUUUCUCGUCAGGUUCUCUAAUUACUCCUCCUCAACCAUGUGUUGUUUUCAUAGUAAUAGAAAGAUAAUGCAAUUUGUAAGACAUUUUAAGAGAGAUAAUUAUAUUAUUUGUC